UUUUUUCUGGAAUCCCCGGCCAUCUUGGAUAAGGAGGGGGUUUAAACCAGAAAAAAGCAGGAAAGACAAAAAUACACUUAUUUUACCCCUUUUAGGUUUCGAAAAUAUUAUCAUUUGCAAAAAUGAUAUAGGAAAACCGCUUUAGAGUUCGUACAUUUAUUUAUUUUGCUUAAAAUGCGCAAGUAACGUCAGUUAAGUGAGGAGCUCCACUAGAAAACAAGGUUCGGGGAUUUUUCAGCUGAUAAAGUUGUUUUGUUUAUGUUUCUUCAAUUCGGACAUGGACUCUUCAAACUCAGAUAUGCCAGACAUGUCUCCUAUGGGGCUAGGAGCAUCAUCAGCAUCCGGCGGAGCUGUCGUUGCGAAAGGCACUAACAAGAGACGGGCUGGCUCUGAUUUCGAUGACGAUGACGAAGGAAACAAGCUGUUCAGAUGUGAUGAUGAUGGAGCUGGUUCAAAUGAUAAAGAACGCUUCGCCAGGGAGAACCACAGCGAAAUCGAACGGCGGCGGCGAAACAAGAUGACGGCAUACAUCACGGAGCUGUCGGACAUGGUGCCCACCUGCAGUGCUCUGGCCCGCAAGCCGGACAAGCUGACCAUCCUGCGCAUGGCCGUGUCCCACAUGAAGUCCCUCCGGGGCGGCAACACCACUCCCGACGGCACCUACAAGCCCUCAUUCCUCUCAGACCAGGAGCUGAAGCACUUGAUCCUGGAGGCGGCAGACGGGUUUCUGUUUGUGGUGUCGUGCGACUCCGGUCGCAUUGUGUACGUGUCUGAUUCUGUGACCCCCAUCCUAAACCAGACACAGUCAGAUUGGCUUGGCUCUUCCCUGUACGAUCAGCUCCAUCCAGAUGACAAGGAGAAACUCAGAGAGCAGCUCUCCACAUCCGAGAACAGCAAUAAUGGCCGUAUGUUGGAUCUGAAGACAGGGACGGUGAAGAAGGAGGGACAGCAGUCCUCCUCAGCGAGGAUGAGUAUGGGAGCACGUCGCUCCUUCAUCUGCAGGAUGAGGAUUGGGAUGUGUCCAGUGGAACCAGUGUCAAUGAACAGACUGAAUUUUCUCAGGAGCCGAAACAGGAAUGGCCUGGGUCCAGCCAAGGAGGGGGAGCCCCAGUAUGUGGUGGUACACUGCACUGGCUACAUCAAGUCAUGGCCACCUGCAGGUGUGACGCUCUCGGAUGAAGACACUGACAACAGCCAGAAUAACCGCUUCUGUCUGGUAGCCAUUGGUAGACUACAGGUGACCUGUUGUCCCAGCGACUCGAGUACCAGCAGCCUGAACGUCCCUGUGGAGUUCAUCUCCCGCCACGACUGCCAGGGCUUGUUCACCUUUGUAGAUCACCGCUGCAUGGCCACCGUGGGCUACCAGCCUCAGGAACUCCUGGGAAAGAACAUUCUUGAACUGGCCCAUCCUGAAGAUCAGAGUUUACUUCGAGACAGUCUGCAACAGGUGGUGAAGUUGAGAGGGCAGGUCAUGUCAGUGAUGUUCCGCUUCCGCUCCAAGACCAACGAAUGGAUCUGGAUGCGGACCAGCUCCUUCACGUUCCAGAACCCCUUCUCCGAGGAGAUUGAGUACAUCAUCUGCACCAACGCCAAUGUCAAUAGAGCUCCGAAUCAGGACUCCCUCACCCCCCUGUCGUCCCCGGGGGUGGCACUGCCCCUCACGCUGGGGCAGAACAGCCCUAACUGCCCCCCUGCCCACAGCCCCGGGCAGGUACCGGUCAGGCAACUCCAGCAGCAGGCUGAGCUGGAGGGGGCCGGAGGCAGAGAGGGUUUGUAUGAUUCUACCCAGGCGGCACUGCCACAGGCGGCUGCACAGGCAGUAGGUGCUACUGUAAGCGUAAAUGCCUCCAAUCACAGUAAGCCGCUGGACAAAGGGGAGCUGUAUGCCGAGCGAGACCCCCAGUUCUCUGACCUCUUUGCAGACCAGCCGAAGCCCCUGCCCACCACUUCUGCCCCGGCCGUUCAGCAGAUGUUUACCCAGCCCAACACCUUCUCAGCAGCCGGACGACCCGCUGACUCAUACAGGCCAGUGGGACACCCCCAGCAGAUGGUUCAGGUGCCCCCCUCGGCAGGUCAGAUGCUGGCCCACAUGUCCCGCCAGAACGCGCCUGGAGGGGGCGCCCCCAACACCGCCAGCCCCAACCAGGCUGGGGCAAUGGGGGCUAAUGCAGCGUGGGAGGGACCAAGGCCCCCCUUCAACACACAGCAGGGGGCAGUGUCCACAGUGAAGUCUCCCCCGUUUGGCAUGGGGGACUUCACCUCAUCUUCCUCCACCUCCUCUUCCUCGUACAGGCCGAUGGGCAGCGCUGCCACCACCACCCCCUCCAGCGUGGCCACCUACCCGACCCUCAAUUCCUCUAGCACCUCCACCAACGGCUAUGGAAAUGGCAGUCAGGCAGGAGCACAGUUCCCCUCCAGGCCAGCAGAGGCAGUGUGGGGCCAGUGGCAGGGCCAACCUCAAGCCCAGGGUGCCGCUAACCAUCAGGCCAAUCAGGCGGAGAUGUUUCCGAUGGCACAUGAAGAGAUGGCGGUGAGUUAGACCUGGUGAGCUGGCCAUCGAUGCCCAACCUUCUGCUGCAGGUCACUGGGCCUGGGGGGUAUCUGGACCAGUUCCAGACCAAGCUGGAUCCAUUCUACUGUCACUAUAGAUGAGACGAGAUGAACCACAGCCUCUUCUUAAGGUCUAACAGUAAAGCCACAGCCCCAUUAUCAGCUAAUUCCACUUUCACUCCUACACCUCUGAUGACCGUCUGAAUGCACAACCCAAGUUUCCCCUGUUUUCCCUCAAUAUUUGGACUUAGCAGGUCUCCAUUGGACAGACUUUUCUAUGCUAAUAAGAGCUGUGUGUGUGUGUGUGUGCGCGCAUGUUAGGUAAGGCUGACCCAUAGCACCAGAAUAUUGUGUGAGUGUGUGUGUGUCCUGAGGUUAGGCUGACCCGCAACAUCAGGAGCCUAACAGGGUGUCUUAAUCCCUUAUACGGUAUGAUUGUUACCAAACUCCUGCUGAAAUAUUGAUGCUGGACACAGGUGCCAAGUGUAGUUGUGUGUGUCUUUAAGGGCGGAGAGUGCAUUUGGUGGACAGCAACAUGCUUGGGGCUGUUAUCUGAGCGGAAGGAACUGCAAGGGAGAGAACACCUGGCGUGGGCAGGUGAAACUGAGACGCACCCCAGGAGCAGCUUCACAGGGGA